GGGUGGUGUGGGUGGAAGGAGGCCAGCAGACUGCAGAUCACUUUCUAGAUUUCAGUUGCCACCCAAAGACUAUUUUAACAUAACAGCUACACUGUAAGGAACUGGGUCUUGGGAACUGCCCAACAAAUCCUCCCUCAAGUACUAGGCCCUCCCUCAAGUCAGAAGCUUGUCAGCCAAGCUCCGGAUCCUUGGCAUAUGGCCUGCCCUGGUCUUUCCCUUUUGUUGCCCUAAGGGCCGUCCGUGUGUUGUGAGUCAAAUCACUGGGCAACCAUCUUCAGCAGAGCCAGAGGCUCUCUAGCAGCUACUGUUUAUUCCAAACAAAACUGGAGAAAGGGGAGACUAUCUAGCAAAGGGAAGCCAAUCCCAGCCUUCAGAGAAGACCCCCUACAACUAAUCAAAAGCUCUUUAAAGACAUUUCUGUUGGAAUAUUCAAUGGCCAAGUAGACGCCACUGCGCCUGUGCUCAGGUGAGAGCCGACAGCUCCUCCCUGCAGAAUGCAUAGGCUUCUUCUUCAAGAGAGUUUUGCAAUAGAAGCGCUGUCAGUGUGAACAGGUGGAAGAGAGGUAAAAGCUCUUGUCUGCUUGUUCCUGUUGCAGCAGCUGCCUCUGGCACAGAAGACACGACAGGUUUGAGUAGGUGACAGCAGUUUGCCAAAAGUCUUUGCUUUGCUUGGUCGGUCCCUGGUGCUGUUUCAGUAUCGGAUACAGUGAAGGUGGCUGAUAGGAUUUAUCACCAAAGACCAGAAACAUGCACUGUGCCAUCCUAAAGGCAGAAGCAGUGGAUGGGGCUCAUUUGAUGCAGAUCUUUUGGCACGAUGGGGCAGAGUCCCUCUACCCAGCAGUAUGGCUGAGAGACAACUGUCAGUGUUCAGACUGCUACCUACAUUCUGCAAAAGCUCGGAAACUUCUCCUGGAAGCUCUUGAUGUAAACAUUAGAAUCGAUGAUUUGACAUUUGACCGGAAAAAGGUUUAUAUCACAUGGCCCAAUGACCAUUACAGUGAAUUCGAAGCUAACUGGCUGAAGAAAAGAUGCUUUUCUCAACAGGCCAGAGCAAGGCUCCAAGGAGAAUUGUUUUUACCAGAAUGUCAGUACUGGGGCUCAGAACUCCAGCUGCCAACUCUGAAUUUUGAAGAUGUGUUAAAUGAUGAUGACCAUGCAUACAAAUGGCUUUCCAGUCUCAAGAAAGUAGGCAUUGUGAGACUCACCGGAGCAGCUGACAAACGUGGUGAGAUCAUAAAACUUGGGAAAAGAAUUGGCUUCCUGUACCUCACAUUUUAUGGACACACUUGGCAAGUGCAGGACAAGAUUGAUGCCAACAAUGUGGCUUAUACAACUGGGAAGCUCAGCUUCCACACUGACUACCCAGCCCUCCACCAUCCACCUGGGGUUCAGCUUCUGCAUUGUAUCAAGCAAACAGUCACAGGAGGUGACUCUGAAAUUGUGGAUGGGUUUAACGUGUGCCAAAAGCUCAAGGAGAAGAACCCUCAGGCUUUCCAUAUUCUCUCCUCGACCUUUGUGGAUUUUACAGACAUUGGAGUGGAUUACUGUGAUUUCUCUGUGCAAUCUAAACACAAGAUUAUAGAGUUGGAUGAUAAAGGCCAAGUGGUUCGCGUCAACUUCAACAAUGCAACCAGAGAUACAGUCUUUGAUGUCCCCAUCGAAAGAGUUCAGCCUUUCUACGCUGCUCUGAAAGAGUUUGUUGACCUCAUGAACAGCAAAGAAUACAAGUAUACCUUCAAGAUGAAUCCAGGUGAUGUGAUUACCUUCGACAACUGGCGCUUGCUUCAUGGACGUCGUAGCUAUGAGGCGGGAACUGAGAUAUCCCGCCAUCUGGAAGGAGCGUAUGCUGACUGGGAUGUAGUGAUGUCAAGGCUUCGUAUUCUGAGACAGAGAGUCACGAAUGGGAACUGAAUCUCCUGGCCUUAGACUUUAGUGCAAGUCCAGUGACUGAAUGCUCCUAUCUAUAACCUGGUUAUUCUCAUAUCAUGAUCAACAUCAUUCACAUAAUAAUUUCUUUAAAACUGAACAUGCAGCUUCUCUCAUCAGGGUAUUCUUCCCUGCAAUCAUAUUCAAUAUCUCUUAUUUAGUGUCAUGGUAAGGGUUAGUCUCAAAGCAUCCCUUCUGUGGGAUAAGCUCUCUGACUUUGCAUUAGCAAGUAUUACCAAACCACCCCCCCUACAAAUAGUUUUAUAUCUAACAAAUCUUUCUGGCAAAUAAAACUGUUUUAUAAAUGAUUAAAGCUUGUGUUUCAAAUAAAAGAUCUUAAAAUAUGUUCCUGCUCAGUUGCCUACGUGAUCUCAUUUUUCAUGAUUGCAUGUCUUUAGCAUGCUUGGAAAAGUGUUCAUAUUUUCGAAGCUCUGUUUUAUUUUUUAUAUAUUGCAGAAUUUUGUUGCCCAUGCUUAGAGAACUCAUUUACUUGAUAAUCCCAACAUUGUUUGUCAUCCUUAAGUCAUGACAGUAAACCCAAGUAAGCCAAAUGAAGAGAAAAAUCUAGUCCCUCUAAAUUUGUCUUGACUAGAGAAAUGUUCCCACAGACUGCCAGUGUUGCCCUCACCUAAGGACACAACACUCCUCUUCAUUCCUUGUCUUCAACUCAUGAAUUUUUAAAAGAUACUGCCAACCUACCUGAAUGGACAAGAUGGCUGCUUGCCUCUGGACAGCCUUACCAGCUGGUCUCAUCUUUUUGCAUGGCCACUCCCCUAGUGAUAGAACUCAAAUGUCAGAGCACAGAAUGAAGUUGUAAUCUGUUGAGCCUCCCAUACGGAUGAGAAAAGAAGCUUUGGAAUUCCAAUUUGAUGAGAUUCUGAUAGUACCAACAUAUUUCAUUUUGUUGACAUUUGAAUCUGUGUAAACUUUAUGUUUCUAGAAAUCUCUAAGUAACUUUACUUAUUAUGCAAAGAAGGGGAAUUCAUUGUGGCAACAUCAUCUUAAUACACAGUUAUCCGUAUUUGCUUUCCUCUAUGUCCCAUCUGGACAUUCAAGGUUCUUAGCACUGCACUAAAUAAGAAUGGAAAGAGUGAUCACUGUUACCUCAUUUCUGAUUUUAAAGGGAAAAUCUGUCUUUCUCCAUUAAGUAUGAUGUCAGUUAUAGAUUUGUCAUAUCUGGCCUUUAAUAUGGAGGGGUAUUUUUCUUUUCCUCCUAGUUCUUCCAACCUUUUAUCAUGAGGGAAUUCAUGGGCUUUUUCUAACUCUAUUAAGAUGACUGUGAUUUCUGCCAUAACUUACGUGUGUGAUGCAUUAAUAUUUAUCAACUUGUAUAUGUUGAAAGCAUCCUGGCAUCCCCAAAUAAAACCAACUUUAUCCUGUGUA